UGUCUUACUUCCAUUUAUCCAGAGUUUUCUACCAUUUGUACAGUAUUUGAUUUAUCUCCCCAUAUCUUGAUUCUUAAUACUACCAUUUAUCCCUCCUCCAUAUUUCAAUAUUCUUCUCCAAUUUCUCCAUCUAAUCUCUCUUUUUCCUCAUCAUCAACAUUUCGUGGUGGCCGCAUAUCUGUGUGGCUGUGGAAUUAGAGGAAGAACAACAUGUAGUUGGUUAGAGUGAUGGAUCUGGGUGAUGUGAGGGUGGAUUUGGGAAAGGCUGCGUAUUAACUAUUAAGGGCAGAGAAGGAAUAAGAAAGAAAGAGAAAAAGGAGAAAAAAAUCCAAAAUCAAUUCUGAUUCAACGCGGAAGCUUGGAUUUGUAGCUUGUCGGUGAACAUGAACACUUUUGAUAUGAUCGUGAACACACCAUGUUUAGCUAGCUCACUCGACAUGGUGCUCCUUUCUGCAAAUUUUUAUUUCAAUUGUUUAUAUAUCUCUCUUAAAGCUUUCUUCGCAGUUGCUUCGUCGUUAUCUCAGCUACAUCACGGGCUUCCGCUUCAAUUACGACAUCUUCGGUUGCUCAAGCUUCUGUGUAGAAAUGUUAUGCAAUCUGGCCGGCAUUCCUGGUAGUAUCUUUUUCUUCUCUUUGAUGGUGCAAAAGUAAAAUUUCAGAGGGUUCAAAGUAUAAAAUAUAUAGGAAUAUAUGUACAACGCCCCUCAGGUGUAUGUAGCAACGCCCCUACUUUUUAGCAAAUAUUUCAAAUUUCUCCACUUUUUUAAUUAUGUAAGAUGGAAAGGGGAAAGAAGCGGAGUUAUAACGUGAUGGAGGAUGAACCGGUUAAUUUUCCGAGAUCGAGAUUCAAAAUCUCAAAAUUGCUGCCGAAAAAGACCUACGUUUUCCGGUGUCGAGAACUUAGAUGACAACACUAAAGUUUCUGCGCUGAAGGCUUCAUCUUUUGUCGUUUCCCUCGUCUCAUUUUCUGGUGCUUCCAUAUUGAGUCCAAAUUGCGGAGCAAUUAUUGAAAGAGACGGAUGGGAUUUUGAUGUGAUCGUGAACACACCAUGUUUAGCUAGCUCAUUCGACAUGGUGCUCCUUUCUGCAAAUUUUGCAAAUUUUUAUUUCAAUCGUUUAUAUAUCUCUCUUAAAGCAUUCUUCGCGGUCGCUUCAGUCGUGAUCUCUUUAGCUACAUCAUGGGCUUCCGCUUCAAUUACGACCUCUUCGGUUGCUCAAGCUUGCUUCUGUGUAGAAGCGAUAUGCAAUCUGGCCUGUAUUUCUGGUAGUUACAUGGAGAGCGAGCAGGAAGUUGUUGUCUGAGAGGUUCAUGGGAACAUGAAGCUGUGGUCCGGUAGGUGCUGGGGAACAUGAAGUUGUGGUCCGGGAGGUGCGGCAGGAAGCGGUGCUCGUCCACCACAUUUUGAGUUGUUAGGAAAAAUAAUAUCGAGAGGAAAACAAAAAGAUGGACACUAACAUCAAGCAAUGUCUCCGCAAAGUGAUAGUUAGACACUUUGAGGAUAUACACCUAGGCCACUUCACUAAAGGAACAUCAUGUUGUGGUGAUAGUUUGUUGGCCCAACACUUAUUAGACGCACUGUGUGGAGAUGGUUAUGUUGUGGCAAAAGAUCUUUUGAGCGCUAUCGUGGUUAAUUUGUUGCUAGGAGGAAAAUGCCCAAGAAGUUAGUUCGGAGUUUCUGCACUUUUGAUUCCGUUAUUUAAGUCUGAUGGUGGAAUACGCCAUAUUGCAUCAGGUGUGUAGUCGCACUAAGAUAUAAGAAUCAGGUCACCCUAUUCAAAAAAUUCACCAAAGUAGAAAACCAUUAAAAAUAAUCUCUUUAUAAAUUCUAACUGCAAUCGAAGUUAUAGUUUAGUGUGCACAUUGUUAUGACAUUGCUGCCGAAUUACAAAUCUGUCAACAACAAAGAAAUAUUGUUUGACAUUACUGCCGAAAUACAUCCUAAUGAAAGUAGGGCAACUAUUUGUUUCAUUAAGUUGCAUUAUUUCUACUUUAUUUGCAUCCUAAGAAAUGGCUUAACUAUUUGUUUCAAGACCUCCGCAUCAAGUUUUCCCAAGCUGCUUCUGUUUAUUGUGAUAGCAAGUGCAAGUCUGCAAUUUAUCUUGCUCACGACCCUACAUUUCAGGAAACGCAGCAAACAUAUUGAAUUGGAUUGCCAUGUUAUCCGAGAGAAGUUGCAGUCCAAACUCAUUCAUUUACUUCCAGUUCCCUUGAGCUCUCAGCUAGGUGAUGUGUUUACUAAGCCAUUACAUUCUCCUGCCUUUUCUUCUUUGUUAUCCAAGUUGGGACUAUGUAGCAUACACAUAGUCCAACUUGAGGAGAACUAUUAUCUUAACUAGUAUUAGUUAGUUUUUACUAGAGUUAGUAAAAUAGAGUUAGCUAAUAGUUUGUUACAUGUUGUAACUUAAUAGUUUCUUUCUCUGGUAUUUGUAAAUAGAUAUAUAGCUCCAAGUCAAUUGUAACAAACACAAGGUUCAUUAUUCAUUCAUUCUGAGAAUAAGAUGAGUUUGCUUUUCUCCA